ACCCCCCUGCACCUCGCCAUCGCCAUCGGCGACACCGACAUAACAACCUACCUCCUCUCCUCAGCUCUCAUCUCCCCCAACACCCGCGACCACCACGGCCGCCCACCCCUCUUCACCGCCAUGGCCAACUGGCGCGUCAAACUCGCCGCCCUCCUCCUCGCCCAUCCAUCCAUCGACAUCAACGCCGCCGACAAGGAAGGCAACACCGCCCUGCACAUGGCCGUGCGACACCAAGAAGAACACAUCCAGGACCUCCUGCUCGCUCGCGAGGAUGUUGAUUUCAAUGUCAGGAAUGCGAAGGGCCGGACGGCGUUGUGGGAUGCGGUGGAGUAU